AUGCAAUUCGAAGAAGAUGUUCAAGGCUAUCUGGAUUGGAUCAGUGCAGCUGAAGAUAUCAGUGAUGAUGAAGAUACGACAAAUAAAGAGGAUGAAAAAGAGAAAAAAUUUCGUUGGUGUGCUGCUUGUCGUUCAACAUCAUCAUCAUCUUCAACACCUGAUGACUAUGAAGAGGAAGAAGAAGAUCCAUCAGAACAUGGUAUGGAUGACGGAGGUGGUGGUGGUGGACAUCGUGGUCAAUCGUCAUCACAACAACAGCAACAAUAUUUUUUCUGUAUUCCAUUGAAAGGGAGACGAUCUCGACGAUGGAAUCGACGUUGUCGACGUUCAUGUCGACGACUGGUUAAAUCGCAAACAUUCUAUUGGAUAGUUAUUGUUCUUGUCUUUCUUAAUACCGGUGUUCUUACAUCAGAACAUUAUGGACAACCUUUAUGGCUUGAUGAUUUCCAAGAUAUGGCCAAUAUUGUUUUUGUUGUCCUCUUCUCAAUUGAAAUGCUAAUUAAAAUGUACAGUUUAGGCAUAAGAUGCUAUUUUGACUUUAUGUUCAAUCGAUUCGAUUUUUUUGUGGUUAUCUGCAGUAUCAUUGAAGUUGUAUUAAUUCAAACUAAAGUUAUGCCACCGUUAGGUGUAUCUGUUCUACGCUGUGCACGUCUACUGCGGGUAUUUAAAGUUACAAGAUAUUGGAGUAGUCUACGUAAUUUAGUCGGUUCUCUGCUGGCUAGUUUAAAGUCAAUAGUUAGCUUGUUAGUUCUACUCUUUUUAUUCAUUGUAAUAUUUGCUCUACUCGGUAUGCAAUUGUUCGGUGGUCGAUUUAAUUUUCCACGUGAAGAAAAGCCAAGAUCUAAUUUUGACAGUUUUUAUCAGUCGUUGAUAACAGUGUUUCAAAUAUUAACUAGCGAAGAUUGGAAUGAAGCCAUGUAUAAUGGAAUUCGUUCAUAUUCAAACAGUCGUGUUGGUAUAAUGGUCUGCUUGUAUUAUGUGAUACUGUUUAUUUGUGGAAACUACAUUCUACUUAAUGUAUUCUUGGCUAUUGCUGUUGAUAAUUUGGCUGAUACUGGCCAAAUGGAAGAGAAAAAAGAUGAAGCAACUGAUGAAAAUGAUACAGAACAAGCUGGAACUGGUGGUUCUACAACAGGUGGUGGUGUUGGCGGCGGUGGUGGUGGUACAGAAGACGCAGGAAAAAUUGGUAGCGUCGGCAGUGGAAACGUGGACAUUAAUAAAGAGAAUAAAUCUUACGGGAUGUUAAACAAUCGAAAAUUAUCCAAUAAUAAUACAAGUAGUAAUCCAGAUGGCCAGUUGUCAGAAGUGCAUCAUGAAUUUAAUGAUGUUACACAAUUAUUGGAUCAAUUGAACCUGGAUCCAAUCAAUGAAGACACUGAAAUUGACCGAUCCAUGUUCGACAGAGAUGAGAAACGUAAAGCCAAUGAAACUGAAAACAAUCAACCUGGAGAUGAAACUGAUGGCAACAAUGAACAUAUAGAUGAAAGUGUUGAUGAUAAAGAUGCAAAAGAUGCCUCGAAUUCUCGACGUCAUUCAGAGAUGAGUUCAACAAAGAAAAUAAAACCAAUACCGAAUGCAUCUUCAUUUUUCAUCUUUAGUCCAACUAAUCCAUUUCGUGUAGCCUGCCAUGAAGUUUGCAAUCAUAAUUAUUUCAAUAAUAUUGUCCUUGUAUGCAUAUUGGUCAGUAGUGCUAUGCUUGCAGCCGAAGACCCGUUAGACGCUUCAUCUGCACGUAAUCAGAUUUUGAACUACUUCGAUUACUUUUUCACAUCAGUCUUCACGGUAGAAAUCACCUUGAAGAUAAUCACCUAUGGUUUGGUAUUACAUAAGGGUGCAUUUUGUCGAAGUGCAAAUAAUAUGCUAGACUUUAUGGUUGUCCUUACCUCGAUUAUCUCUUAUCCAAUUGAGCGAUUUUGUCUUGUUUCCUUAUCUUGUAUUCAUUUAUCUACUGAAAAGAUAUUUUUUAAAAAUUAG